AUGAAGCAUGUCAUACAAACGAUAUUUCUCAUCUUUCUUGGCUGUUGUUCGAACGUUAUUUUUCUUGAAUUAAUCGUCCGACCUUAUCCAGGAAGUGGAAAUAUCAUCACCUUUGCCCAGUUUCUCUUCAUUGCGAUUGAAGGCUUUUUCAACUACUUCAAAUGGGGUUCAGCAAAACGAGUGGUCCCGAUCAAAGAUUACACCAUCAUGGUGGUGAUGUUCUUCUUAGUGAGUGUGAUUAAUAAUUAUGCUUUAAAUUUCAAUAUCCCAAUGCCGUUGCAUAUGAUCUUUCGAUCGGGCUCAUUGAUCGCGAAUCUUGUCUUAGGGAUGAUUAUAUUGAAAAGAAGAUAUUCAUUACGUCAAAUAUUAUCAGUUCUUUUAAUUACAUUUGGCAUUGUUCUGUCUACAUAUGCGUCUAGUCAAUCUUUCAACAAAGAAAAAGCAAAAAAAAAUAUUCAAAUUGAUGAACCAAAGCCAGAUAUUGUUCGAUGGACAAUCGGCAUUAUUAUGCUUGUCUUUGCCUUGAUUGUUUCGGCUAUAAUGGGCAUCUACCAAGAAACUCUCUACGCUAAAUAUGGCAAACAUCCUCAAGAAGCAUUGUUCUACUCGCAUCUACUUCCUCUCCCAUUGUUCGGAUUCGUCGGCAAAGACAUCUAUCAUCAUGCUCAACUCUUCAACCAAUCAACUUGGCUGCCGAUAUUUUCGAAUGUUGGCGUUCCGAUCAUGUGGGCAUAUCUAUUCUGCAACAUGCUCACACAAUAUUUUUGCAUUCGAUCCGUCUUUAUCUUGACCACUGAAUGUUCAUCUUUAAUUGUAACAUUGAUAAUUACCCUACGGAAAUUUAUUAGUUUACUUAUCUCAAUAAUUUAUUUUCAAAAUGAUUUCACGUUGAAUCAUUGGAUUGGAACUGCAUCGGUGUUUUUAGGAACAUUUCUAUUUAGUAAUAUACAUAAUGAUAUCUAUCGUUAUUUAACAAAACACAAAACUGACCAUGUUGAAUAA